AUGAACUUUCUGUGCUAUCAGCUGUUGGUUGGAGGCCUUCUGUUAAUUACAGCGAACGAAGGUAAGGAAACCGAAGAAACAUUUUACUAAUGUCGUUCCUGCUUUAUCGUUGAUCCGUGAAACGCUAAAUCGCAACACAGAUGCUUAUUAGGCGAUUGAUAAGUCGACUCUUGUUGUUUCUCAGGCAUAGUUCACUCUGAAACAAGGAUCUCCGAUUUCUAUUCCGCGGCUUUUGCCAAACACAUGUGUAAGAGGCAUUGUGUCAAGGUUACUUCAUUUAAAAUUAGUCAUUCGCUUUAUCUUUAACAACAGAAGUUUGGUGUCGCCUAAGCGAGAUUAAACCAAAGAAUUUAAGGCCUUUUUUUCAGCAUACCUUAAAUUACAGCAUUAUAAAGAUACCACUCACUGCUUUUUCUCGAGCGCUGCCGCUCCCGUGGCAUAUUUUCUUCGAAUCCGUGCUCCUUUGACCUCUCGUGAACGACAUAACGCAAAUCCAGACAUUGAUGAAAACUCGGCAGUUAAUUGCUGUUUAAUCUGUUUUUGCACUACCCUUUUUACUUGUUUUCAAGCCAUGCACCAUCCUUAGAACCGAUUUGGUUAUUAGAAAAGAGGACUACAAACUGCCAUAAUGUAAACUCACCAACGUGAAAAGAGGCUUUAUCUCAUUCUUAUCUCAAACAUGAGCUAUAAUAAAGGACGUGGCACCUCGCAUCGAUGGCUAUCAUAUAGACCGCAAAUUCUACUCAUUCUUUAGGUCAUCAUCUACUCGUUACAACAGUUAUCUGCAAGCUCCUUCCAUUUGCUGUUGACAGUGCAACAGUAAAGCUCUCCUCUGAUUAAACCGAAAUAGACACUUUCAAUAGCUGAUCAUCUUGAAAAUAAUAACUGCACAACAUUUAAUGUUUAGAUUCGAUCUAGCUGUCUCGUUUUUGUUCUCAGGUUUGAGAAGAUAAAGAUGAUUUAAAACCUUUACACGAGAGUAUUGACUCAAGCCCAAGUCAUAAAUGGAGUCUCUAAUAAUGACCUUUUUUAUAUAUGAUCAGAAAAACUGAUAUCAGCAUUUUUUCGGUUACGAAACCAUGUGUAUUCAUGUACAUAGGUGGGCUCUGACCCCUUCCCACUGCGAGUGAGUGUCACACAACUAAUACUGCUGGCCACCACUUGCCACUUGCCACAUGCCACUUGCCUUUUUUUCGAUUUUUCUCUUGCUCUUGUCCACUUGUUCAAUAGCGAGUUUAACUUAACCCGGAAAGAUAUAUCUGGUGGCAGCAGACGGGCAAGAAACAAUAUUAUUUCGUGUUGGGCUCGGUCAAAAAUUCUUAUCGCAAUAUGUUCGCGUAUACCGCACAGAUCGGAUGAGACCUGUGCAAACCUGAAACCACCCACUAAACACACUAAUGUGAUUUUACGUAAAAGAUGGAAAUUGCGUAUUGUGGCCAUGUGUUUGAUAUUCUGGAGCCCCCUCUGUUACGAUUGACAUGUGAAUUGUCUUAGAUGCCUGUUUUGCGAAGGGAAAUAGUGGGUUGAGUGGCUAAACUCAUCCCUUGGCAUUCAGUAGCGGAAGAAUCAGUAAACAUCAUGCAUUGCUACCUUAAACAGGUUCUCAGCCAAUUUGAUCGCUCCCGGUAACACUCAUAUUUUCUGGUUGCGCUGGAUUUUUCCAGCUGGUUACGACUGCAAAUUCAUCACUUCGUUAUCAUGCGAUGUUCUUCAGACCUUGGUUUUAUUCUUUGUAAUGUUACGCCAUUGAAGUUCAAUUUUAAAAUUGAAAUAUAAAUUUUAAUGAAGAAAUUUACCAUCAACAUGCCAAUAAAUGUUGGAAAAAAACUUAAAGCUAAUUUAAUUAAAUUGCAUUCGCAAUUUUGCGAUGGUGUGAAGAAAAAUCCUAUCGUAUUGUUUUCUAUUAUUUUUCUUAACUUUACCUUUGAUUGAUUGUGGUAUAGCCAUUUGUUGUAAGAAUUUAAAGUUUUAAAGGAAUUUGUAAAGUUAUUUUUCUAUCUUCACAUCUAUCAGAUUUUAUCCGGUCAGAUCAAGGUUUGAUAUGUUGAUAUGACCUUUUCUCAGUUGGUAACGUAAAAAUUGUAGAGUCUUGCGCCGCGCAGAUCAACGAGAUCCAGACCGAUGGGCGGUGUGUUUGUUUAUCUCGUUUUAAAUGAAACUUAGAUGCUGAGGACAACAUCAGUGUGCAACCGUUCUAGACAGUGUGAAAGAAGAAUAAUCAAUUAAAAAAUGCAGUUUGGUUAAACCUCUCGACAUUUUAUUUCGCCAUGUCCACCGUAAGGUUGCAGCAAUGUUGCUUUACUUUAAUUGCCUUUUCAAGGACGUGCCGUGUCUCUUGAUGUUCGCCUAAUCCUUGCUAUGAUAUGUUUAGAGUGAAUUGUCAUUCUGCAAAAUGGAAUUAUUUGAGACGUUGAUUUUAGUUAAUUCUUGAAGGAAUUUGGGCUGUGUAGCCGGAUGCCCUUAUUAGCAUUCUGCGGUCAUGUAGUUCCGCAAUUUAAAGUGCUUGAGAACCGCGUUAUCCGCCGUUUCCUGGCACUUAUUUAUCAAAAUAACUUUGCAGCACGGUUUGAAAGCUUUCACUCCAUAACUUGAACAAUAAAAACAGAAAAAGCACAGGGAUGUUAUGAUAAAUAAUAAUAGGGGUGUCAUUGCCGCUAACUCAUUAGCGUCUUUCUGUUUUAAAACUCUGUCGCGAUUAUCAAAGACAUUAUGUUGGUGAGAUUUCUUAGUCAUAGACAUCCUCGUUAUUGGAUUAUAAGGCUAGCCAUUGAUUUCUGUGCCAAACCUCGUGGGGUUUCUUUGAACCAAGCAGUAGGAAAGUCUGGUUUGACGACACACCGAGAAUGAAUUAGGUUAUCUUUUUUGUCUGCUUUGUUUCUGAAAUUGCAUCGAAGGCUGGAAAAAUUAAAAUGGUACUUGGUCAGGCAACGCGAGGUUAAAAUUAAUUAAUUUGUUGUGGCGAGAAAGAUAAGUGAAAGUUAAAUAAACGGCUAACUGAGGUCUUAACCCGAGCUAAACUCAUGACACAAGGAUUGUCACAUCAGGAUUUAUAGAGGAAAGCUCUGACAUAUUACAUCAAUUUAUCCGACACCUUUUACUUCCAAUAAACUCUUCGUUUGUUAGAGUUUGCGAUGUAGCUUUUGAGAUUUUCGUGGGUCUUAUCCACGUCGGUGCGUAAGCAGACAGGUUUGCCAUCAAGUUUUCCCGACAGAGGACACACCAAGAAACUUUAAAUCAUUGAUCCAGACAGAGGACACACCAAGAAACUUUAAAUUAUUGAUCCGAAGGCUGAUGAUUGAUCUUUCCCUUUUAUCGGUUUUUUUCUACGUUUCAGUCACUCCACCUCUCUGACUGCCUCCAAUGGAACCUUGAAUUACGUGUUAAAUAGAUGAUGGUUUUUCAAAAGGUUUUUAAAAAAGUUAAGAUAGGACGAGUUAGCGUCGAGUACAGAUUAGAACUGUUGUGAAAAAAAGAAAAACUCCUCAUAAAUUACUGGUAAAGCCAUCGUGAUUUAAACCUCACAAGGGAACAUCGUAAAAGUACUUAAAAUUUGGUGCUGACAUUUGUGAAGAAAGAGAGACUCUAUUGCUUUUAGUGAAUGUCAUUGAGCUGUCAACUAAUGGCUAGAAUUACCAACAAAGAAAUUUCUCGAAAGGUUAAAUACAGGGGAUGAAGUAACUCUUUGGAAUGUGAGGGUAAAUUUCGGGUUAAUUGCUGUCCAAGAAAGAUAAAACUAACUGUGAACUGUUCAUGUGUUUUCUGCAUCAUAUCACCGUCUCCUGUUUUGGUGGGAUUGAAUUAUUUUCCGAAGUUGCUUAGGGCGAUGACUGAAGACAAAACUUUUGUCACCAUUCAGUAAACUGUGUUUUGUGUUUUCGGAUAGUCAUCGUGUGGUACAAACGAACUGUGACCAAAAACAUGUGAAAAGUCUUUUUUUUUUCUUACUUAUAUAGAAGAUAUCAUCAGCCCAGCCUGUUUGUGGAUAACAGAGGCUAAAUUUUCUUUUGGGAUGGUAUCGAUCCUUUAACCCUCAAGAGUGACUAGCAUCUAAUUUCUCCUUACAAUAUCGCCACUGAAUCACACAUUAAUGUCAAGAAAUGAUCACCAACUAAAGAAACUCUUCAGUGAUUAUAACAAAAAUUCUCCUUGUCAGACCUUAGGAAAUGUAUAGAGAACAGUAUGGAGAAUAUGCAUACUGAUGUUAGGGUGUAAAGGGUUGAAUACUUAAAAUAUCGUUGACCAAGAAAGUGCUAAAGUGAGAGUUAAUCGCGCGUAGAACACUUAACUCUUUAACUCCCAAGAUCUCAUUAGUAAUUCUCCUUACUAUCUACCAUACGAUUCUUAUGAUGUAAAUUUGGAGAAUUUGGCAUUGGAACAACUAAUAAUCCCCUAAUUGAUAUUUUACUUCAUUCUCAUCACUUCUAUGCGUGCUAUUGUAUUGAUAUUGUAAGGAGAAAUUCUCUCUUGGUCACUCAUGGGAGCUAAAGGGUUAACUGUAAUCGGAACUUGUUAGUAACUACUCUGACUGUAGAGAAAGGGUAAUUAUGGCAAAAUGAGGCAAAUUAUUCGAGUUUCAUUUCUACUGGUAUAUUUCUGACCCAAAUACACAAUUAGGCUUCAAGUGAAGUCUGUUAAUCAAAGGGCGGGUCCUUGCGUGUUAGUGCAAUUUUCUAUGGAAGCAGAUUCAAUUACCCGUGCAUGUCCUCAAAAUGGUCUUUUUUAUCCUUUGUUUUAUUUGACAGCGCGAUCUGCGCAAAGAAAUACCAGAAAAAUUGUCACUUCUGCAGCCUUUGCGGUUUUAAAACCUCGUUUCUUAUCGCAUCAAAGCAGACUUGUGUAAGCUAUCUUGGUGCAUUAAUUUAAUAGUAUAAUCAAGCAUAUACCGCCAUAGCUUUAUUAGCUUUGAUUAUUGAUAAAGCUAACAAGGAUAUAUGAUAGAGAUAUACAUCCAUGCAAAGACUAAGCCACAUCGAGAUAAACAGAUAAGUAGACAUUAUUUGGCACUCAAUCACCGUCGGAUACUUCUCACGGGUGGAAACCUUGGCGACUGUCUUGUUAACAUUGUCAUUUACUAGAUGCAGAUUGAAAACGUAAAGCUCUUACAUGGGUCCUAGGAACCGGUGUCUCCUUACAAGAAGAGGAUUUCGAAAGAUUAGCUUUGGUGCAAUUGUAAUCGUGUAAGCAUGAAAGAGCCUUCUGCAGUGGAAUGCAUUAUUCUAACACGAUGCAGCAUAGUAGUAUUACCCAAAUUAAAGAUAAGAGAUAAUUUACUUACGCACCUCAUCCAGUUUUCUUUAACUUUGCAGCUUUUUUUUUUUCUAACGCAUAUUUUUUUCUCUUAGGGCAGACUACAGCUCCGAGGAAAGCAAGGCAGCUUGACGAAUUCUUCGAUAUCCCAGGUUAUAGAGUUGAUUUUAACGUUAUUAAACACGCAGCGUAAGAAACAAAAACAGCUUGAGUCAUGGCUUAUUACCGAACGGAUUUAAAGGGUGAUGAAAAGCGAAGUUCCAAAUGCCAGUUAAAAACUUUAAAUACUUGGAGCGAAUCGUAACGGCUUUCAGACGAGACAACCGUUUUAACAUUUGGGGCUUUCGCCGGGUAUAAUUGUUCGACACUGGAAUUGAUUGACAGUCAAAAAACGUUUUUUCCACGGGAAGAAAUGAUAUUCCUGGUAACUCCACCAAUCCUUUGGAAACAUUUAUUGAAUCUGUUGAUGAACCCUUUAACUCCUAAGAUCUGACUGUUAAUUCUCCCCUCUAGCUUUCCUCAGAAUUAGUUCUGAGAAUUUGGUGUUAGAUCAAGGUAAUUACUUCCGCCUGAUAAUUUUGAGUCUUCUCCUUACCUGUAUGCAGGAAAAUGUAUAGAUAUGGUGGGGAGAAAUUACAUGCUAAUCACUUCUGGGAGUCAAAGGGUUUAAGUUUAUCCUUUCAAAAGUGUCACUUUUAAUGAAAAAAGCUAUAAUUGUUUGUUUCCGAUGUGGUUAUAUACUUGCAGUCGGUAUACUUUUUAAGUUGAAAAAUAGGCCAUUUUACAGUCGUGUACUUAGUCGCUAAGCCUUUGAUUUGAGUGAGGCUGAAGUUGACUAUGUUGUGAUAGAGACCAGUAUCUAGUUAGCAUGACAACAAAGUAAUUUACAUUUGAAAAGCAGCAAGGUUUGUAUCAUAAAAAGGUCACCCAUAGCUUCACUCCUGUUCAAAGGCUUGGCAACCAAGCACACAACUGUAAAAUGAACUAUUGGGACCCAUUGUGCUGAUUAAAUUAAAAUCAUUCCUAUUUUUUUUUCGUUUUUUCAGGAUCAUGUCCACAAGGUUGGAUAGGACACAAGGGAUCUUGUUAUUUACCUUAUGUUAACGGAAAGACUUGGCAAGAAGCAAACGGAACUUGUCGUGAAAUGGACUCGCACUUGGCCUUAUCCAGGAGCGUCACAGAAAACGGAUUUAUAGCCGAACAAGUUGCCAGACCAGAAGCUCGCGUCUGGAUUGGUCUGAAACGGAACCGGGGCGAGUUUUUCUGGAGUGAUGGUACCAAAUCUGAGUUUACAAACUGGGCUAAGCGGGAGCCUAAAGAUGCCUCGGUUACAGGCAGGGAUUGUGUAACUCUACUUUCCGAGGACAUUUUCCACUCGUGGGAAGUAAGAGAUUGUGAGGAAAGACAGUCGUUCAUCUGCGAGAGAGGUGAGAUUACUCCGGCAUCAGUGUUAGUGUAGAUGAAAGUUGAGGGUUCAGUUGUUCAAACAGCAGAUGAGGCUAUCCAACGUGUGAAUAUAAGUCCAGUUGAUAAGUGUUAAAAAAACGUACCACGCUUUUCACCGGACAGGGAUUUAUCCACUGGUUAACGUUCUUCCACUUUCGAAUAACUUAGGCCAAACGUCUUUUGCGACACGUAAGACUUACAUCUACGUGUACACUUGCGAAUGCAGCAUGGAAGGACGAGUAAUGCUCUGUAUUCCAAAUACUGUUUUGUGGGAUUAUGUGUGUCGAUAAUAAUUUUUUUUUGGUUUCAUUAAGUUAUGAUAAUGUUACUUGUUUGUUUCAUAGAACGAAUGUUCCUGGGGUCAAAUUAUCUCUGAAUACUGA